AUGACUGUCGUUUCCCCCAGCCUCCCAAACUCUGACUCUCGCCAGGGGCCGCCGCAGAGUCCAAUCGCUUCCAACUAUCUACCUCAAUAUGGCUUCAGCUCCGAACAUUCCUUCGAUCGGCUCAUCCAAGAUAACCCCUUCUUGUUCCGCGUCUAUACUCCCAAAGCUCACUCGCAAAGCGUCACCACAGUCGAACCUUAUUUCGUGGGGCAAAAGUACAAUGAGCAUUUUACGCUCGCCGCUGAGAAGCUGAAAUCACCCGCUGUUGGUCCUGGCGAGACCAUCGCCUCCAGCAGCUCCUAUUUGGACGCUGCCCUGCAUAUGGACUGGACGCAGAGGCACAAAUCACCCUUUAUAUCGACCACUUUCAGCUUCAUCUGGGCAAUCUGGGAAGCUACCCGACGUUAUCGAGUCGGUCUUAAACACGAUAUUGAAAUCGCUGUGAUCGACUCCAGGAUGCUCGCUGGUCGGGCGGCCACCACGCUGGAGUUACUAAGGAAGGGGACGCCUAAAGAGAGACACUUGGACUACUGGAAGUGGUAUCGAUAUGCUCUCGAAUCGCAAAAUGUCCUCGUGUACGGGUCUAUUCCAGCCCCUGCUGUUCUGGCUUCCGUGCCCCUUUUCUCCCUUAUCGACAAACUUCCCUCCUACUUCUUACGACAAGAAUCUGGCGACACAAAACUCUCAUCGCCCUUCGACGCGCUGUCUUGGGACACGAUGGAAAGGAAACCCAGUUUCCGUCAAUUUUGCCAGGAUAUGUCGGAUCAAUUCCUACGACUCCCCACUGAGCACCGCCUGCGGGACGCAACAGGAGGGUCGGUCCGCCUGGCGAUGGCUUUCCUACGUCCCUGGUUUCACAAGGUCGUCGCAAAAGACUUUACAAAUGCAACAGAUACCGCAUGUACGCUUGCCUUCAUCAUUGCCCAGUGGCCCGCCCAAUGGUGGUCACGCGAUCACGUUGAGAUGUGGUCAGUGAUUAGGUCCCUUGUUCAGGCGGUCGCCGAGGAGGUGCGGGAGAAGCAGAAGAGUCAGUUCACCGAGGAGGUCCGGAGACUACAAGGUGUUGUCACGGAUCUUGAGCGUGUGGUGCACGAUUAUGAGGAAGCAGAGGUGUCAUCAUCGUCUUGCAUAUAUCCCGACACUGAAACGGAGGAUGGGGACUAUACACUCGUGUUGCUCCCGUCUCCACCUCCGUCCGUCCGUGGACACCGCCGGCGGGCGUCCACGUCAACAUCGGGGGCAACUCCCGCUUCAGCGGUUCCUACACCUAUUACACGCGAUAUUGCUUCAGAAAGCGUGGCCGAGGUUCCUUUGACAGAGAUUGAGGAGAAGGUCAUGCCGCCCUCUGAAGAGGUCAUUGAUUCUUCUACUCCAACGGUCACACCAAGCCAAACCCGGCGGGAAGAACAAGGUCCCCCACGGCUGGAAUCUCAACCCCCCGAAUCCGAAGAGUCCCCGAGGGUUCCAUCACAUUCAUUUGUCGAAACAGCUUCCUGUAUCAUCACUGGCAUCCUAGUUGGUGCUUUCAUCACCCUAUGCAUCGUUAAUUCGACACGACGCACGCUGAUCUAUGUCACGUAA